GACAAGUGGCAGCCGCUCCUGAGCACCGUCGCUGGCGUGCACAGGUACAAGUGGCUGAAGCAGAGCGCGCAGGGCCUCCCCCCGCAGUCGGCUCUGCUGGGCACCAUCGCCGAGUUCGCCCUCAGGGAGGAGCCCGUGGAUGUGGAGAAGAUGAGGAAGUGCCUGCUCAAACAGCUGGAGAGAGCAGAGGUCCGCCUGGAGGGCAUCGACACCAUCUUAAAGCUGGCGGCCAAGAGCUUCCUGCUCCCGUCUGUGCAGUACGCCGUGUUCUGCGGGUGGCAGCGGCUCAUCCCGGAGGGCGUCGACCUGGGGGAGCCUCUCACGGAUUGCUUAAAGGACGUGGAUUUGAUCCCACCUUUUAAUCGGAUGCUGCUGGAAGUCACGUUCGGCAAGCUGUACGCCUGGGCUGUUCAGAACAUUCGGAACAUUUUGAUGGAUGCAAACGCCAAGUUUAAAGAGCUUGGGAUCCAGCCCGUCCCCCUGCAGACGGUCACCAACGAGAACCCGGCGGGACCCAGCCUGGGCACCACCCCCCACGCGCGCUUCCUGCUGGCGAUGCUCAGCCUGCUGACCCUGCAGCACGGCGCGCACAACCUCACCCUGCUGCUCAACUCCGGCACGCUCGCCCUGGCGCAGACCGCGCUGCGGCUCAUCGGCCCCAGCGGCGACCACGUGGAGGAAGACGGGAACGUGUCUGCCCGUGGCGCCUCUGCCACCGUCCUGGAGGAGACGAGGAAGGACACGGCGCCCGCGCAGCUCCCGGUCUCGGGGCCCGAGCUGGCCGCCAUGAUGAAGAUCGGAACCAGGGUCAUGCGGGGCGUGGACUGGAAGUGGGGCGACCAGGACGGACCCCCUCCCGGCCUCGGCCGUGUGAUUGGGGAGCUGGGCGAGGAUGGGUGGAUCCGGGUGCAGUGGGACACGGGCAGCACCAACUCCUACCGGAUGGGGAAGGAGGGCAAGUACGACCUCAAGCUGGCGGAGCUGCCGGCCUCUGCGCAGCCCUCGGCCGAGGACUCAGACACAGAGGACGAUUCAGAAGCUGAGCCCGCCGACAGGAACAUGCACCCCACGGCCAUGAUGCUGACCAGCACCGUGCGCCUGCUGCAGACCCUGUGUCUCUCCGCCGGGGUCCACGCCGAGGUCAUGCAGGGCGAGGCCACCAGGACCCUGUGCGGGCUGCUGCGCGUGGUGGUGGAGAGUGGGACCACGGACACGACACCCGCCCCCAACAGCGCCGUGUGCCGGGAGCAGCACCGCGGCUGGUGCUCGCUGGGCUUCGUGCGCAGCAUCGCGCUCACGCCCCACAUGUGCGCCGCGCUCAGCUCCCCGCCCUGGAUCGCCCUGCUCAUGCGCAUCGUCGAGGGACACGCGCCCUUCACGGCCGCCUCGCUGCAGCGUCAGAUCCUGGCCCUACACCUCCUGCAAGCGGUGCUGCCCUCGUGGGACAAGGCCGAGCGGGCCGAGGACAUGGAGGGGCUGGUGGAGAAGCUCUUCGGGUUCCUGGGCAGCCUGCUCACCACCUGCUCCUCGGACGUCCCCUUCCUCAGAGAGUCCACCCUGCGGAGGCGGAGGGCCCGGCCGCAGGCCUCGCUGACAGCCACGCACAGCAGCACGCUGGCGGAGGAGGCAGUGGCCCUGCUGCGCACGCUGCACUCCCUGGGCCAGUGGAACGGCCUCAUCAACAAGCACAUCAACUCCCAGCUGCAGGCCGUGUCGCGCAGCUGCGGGCCCACGCCUGCCGGCGGGGCCCUGCUGGAGGACUGCCUCCCUGAUGCGGACAGCCCUGAGGUGGGCGGCCUCAUGGCUGUGCUGGCCGUCAUCGGGGGCAUCGACGGCCGCCUGCGCCUGGGGGGCCAGGUUGCGCACGAGGAGUUUGGGGAGGGCACCGUGACGCGCAUCACCCCGAAGGGCAGGAUCACCGUGCAGUUCUCGGACAUGCGGACGUGCCGCGUCUGCCCGCUGAGCCAGCUGAAACCGCUCCCCGCCGUGCCCUUCAGCAUCACCAGCCUGCCCUUCACAGACCCCAUGCUCGCGGUCUGGGCCCAGCUGGUGAACCUGGCUGGGAGCAGGUUGGAAAAGCACAAGAUAAAGAAGUCGCCCAAGCAGGGGUUCGCAGGCCCGGUGGACCUGGGCCUGCUGCGGCGCCAGCAGCUGAAGCUGUACGUGCUGAAGGCGGGCCGCGCGCUGCUGCCCCACCAGGACCAGCUCCGGCAGACCCUGGCCCAGCCCGCUGUGCAGGAGGCCGCUGCGCAGGCAGACGACGGUGCAGCCGCGUCCCCGGACCUGGGGGACAUGUCACCCGAAGGCCCACAGCCCCCGAUGAUCCUGCUGCAGCAGCUGCUGGCUGCGGCCACCCAGCCGUCGCCGGUGAAGGCGGUCUUCGCCCGGCAGGAGCUCGAGGCCGCCGCCUUGGCCGUGUGCCAGUAUCUGGCCGUGGAGUGUGCCCACCCGUCCAGCCCAGCCUUCGAGGACGGCAGCUCCAGCGAGGCCAGCACGCCGGUGCCCGCGCAGCACCUGCGCCCCAUCAGAGCCAGGAAGCAGAGGCAGUCGCCCGUGCCCACCCUCCCCAUCGUGGUCCAGCUCAUGGAGAUGGGCUUCCCGAGGAGGAACAUCGAGCUCGCGCUGAAGUCGCUCACGGGCGCCUCAGGGAACGCUGCCGGCCUGCCAGGUGUGGAGGCCCUGGUGGGGUGGCUGCUGGACCACGCCGACGCGCCGGGCACGGACCUCUCGGACCCGGACACAGGGUCUGAGGACGGCUCCGAUGAGGAGCUGCUGGAGGACUUGGACGACACAGCCUACGCUCUGUCUUCUGGGGCCGUGGUGACGGAGAGCCAGACGUACAAGAAGCGAGCGGACUUCCUGAGCAACGACGACUACGCCGUGUACGUGCGGGAGAACAUCCAGGUGGGCAUGAUGGUGCGGUGCUGCCGGACGUACGAGGAGGUGUGCGAGGGAGACGUGGGCAAGGUGAUCAAGCUGGACCGCGACGGGCUGCACGACCUCAACGUGCAGAGCGACUGGCAGCACAAGGGGGGCACCUACUGGGUGCGGUACAUCCACGUGGAGCUCCUAGGCUACCCUCCCCCGAGCUUCCCGGCCCACAUCAAGAUCGGAGACAAGGUGCGGGUCAAAGCCGCGGUGACCACCCCGAAGUACAAGUGGGGCUCCGUGACGCACCAGAGCGUGGGCGUCGUGAAAGCCUUCAGCGCCAACGGGAAGGACGUCAUCGUGGACUUCCCGCAGCAGUCCCACUGGACCGGGCUGCUCUCCGAGAUGGAGCUGGUGCCCAGCGUGCACCCCGGCGUCACAUGCGACGGCUGCCAGGUGUUCCCCAUCAACGGGUCCCGGUUCAAGUGCAGGAACUGCGACGACUUUGACUUCUGUGAGCCGUGCUUCAAGACCCGGAGGCACAGCCCCCGGCACACGUUCGGCAGAAUCAACGAGCCAGGACAGUCAGCCGUCUUCUGCGGCCGCUCGGGAAAGCAGCUGAAGCGGGGCCCCAGCAGCCAGCCGGGCGCCCUGCUGGACAGCUGGUCCCGCAUGGUGAAGAGCCUGCAUGUGUCCUCCUCCGUGAACCAGGCCUCACGGCUCAUCGACGGCAGCGAGCCCUGCUGGCAGUCCUCCGGGUCCCAGGGCAAGCACUGGAUCCGCUUGGAGAUUUUCCCCGACGUCCUGGUCCAUCGACUGAAAAUGACCGUCGACCCUGCGGACAGCAGCUACAUGCCCUCCCUGGUCGUGGUGUCAGGCGGGAACUCCCUGAAUAACCUCAUUGAACUGAAGACCAUCAACAUCAGCCCCACCGACACCACAGUGUCCCUGCUGAGCGACUGCACAGAGUACCACAGGUACAUCGAGAUCGCCAUCAAGCAGUGCCGGAGCUCGGGCAUCGACUGCAAGAUCCACGGCCUCGUGCUGCUGGGGCGCGUGCGCGCCGAGGAGGAGGACUGGGCCGCCGUGCCCUUCCUCGCCUCUGACAACGAGGAGGAGGAGGACGAGAAGGGCGGCGCCGGGAGCCUCAUCAGGAAGAAGGCUGCGGGGCUGGAGUCGGCGGCCACAAUCAGAACCAAAGUGUUCGUGUGGGGCCUGAACGACAAGGACCAGCUGGGCGGCCUCAAGGGCUCCAAGAUAAAGGUUCCUUCGUUCUCGGAGACGCUGUCGGCUCUGAAUGUCGUGCAGGUGGCGGGUGGCUCCAAGAGUCUGUUUGCAGUGACCGUGGAGGGCAAGGUGUACGCCUGCGGCGAGGCCACCAACGGCCGGCUGGGGCUGGGCAUGUCCAGCGGCACCGUGCCCAUCCCCCGGCAGGUCACGGCGCUCAGCAGCUACGUGGUCAAGAAGGUGGCCGUGCACUCAGGUGGCCGGCACGCCACGGCUCUGACGGUCGACGGGAAGGUGUUCUCCUGGGGCGAAGGGGACGACGGCAAGCUGGGCCACUUCAGCCGGAUGAACUGUGACAAGCCGCGGCUGAUCGAGGCCCUGAAGACCAAGCGCAUCCGGGACAUCGCCUGCGGGAGCUCGCACAGCGCGGCCCUCACAUCCAGCGGCGAGCUCUACACCUGGGGCCUUGGGGAGUACGGCCGGCUGGGGCACGGGGACAACACGACGCAGCUGAAGCCCAAGAUGGUGAAAGUGCUCCUGGGGCACAGAGUGAUCCAGGUCGCCUGUGGGAGCCGAGACGCGCAGACCCUGGCUCUGACCGACGAAGGCCUGGUGUUCUCCUGGGGCGACGGCGACUUUGGAAAGCUGGGCCGGGGAGGAAGCGAAGGCUGUAACGUGCCCCAGAACAUCGAGAGGCUGAACGGACAGGGCGUGUGCCAGAUCGAGUGCGGCGCCCAGUUCUCCCUGGCGCUCACCAAGUCGGGAGUGGUGUGGACGUGGGGCAAGGGGGACUACUUCAGGCUGGGCCACGGCUCGGACGUGCACGUGCGGAAGCCACAGGUGGUGGAAGGGCUCCGAGGGAAGAAGAUCGUGCACGUGGCCGUCGGGGCCCUGCACUGCCUGGCGGUCACGGACGCAGGGCAGGUCUACGCCUGGGGCGACAAUGACCAUGGCCAGCAGGGCAACGGCACGACCACCGUGAACAGGAAGCCCACCCUGGUGCAAGGCCUGGAGGGACAGAAGAUCACGCGAGUGGCCUGCGGGUCUUCGCACAGCGUGGCCUGGACGACUGUCGACAUGGCCACGCCCUCUGUGCACGAGCCCGUCCUGUUCCAGACGGCGAGGGACCCGCUGGGUGCUUCCUAUCUAGGUGUGCCUUCCGAUGCCGAGUCUUCUGCUGCCAACAACAAACUCAGCGGUGCGGGCAGCUCCAAGCCCGGCCGCCCUUCUCUCGCCAAGACCCUCCUGUCCCUGGACGGGAACCUGGCCAAGCAGCAGGCCUUGUCUCACGUGCUCAACGCCUUGCAGAUCACGUACGCCAGAGACGCCGUGGUGGGGGCCCUGAUGCCGGCCAGCAUGAUCGCCCCGGAGUGCCCCUCCUUCUCCUCCUCGGCACCCCCUUCCGAGGCGUCCGCCACGGCCAGUCCCGUGAGCGGAGAGGCGUGCUUGCUGGCUGCUGACCCCGAGGACAGACCGAGCCCCAGUCCCUGGCAGGAGAAGCGAGGGGAGAUCUCCUCUGAGGAUGCUGUGACCCCUGCUGCCGUGACCCCGUCUGCCUCCUCAGCCUCUUCUCGGCCGUUCAUCCCGGUGACAGAUGACCCGGGAGCUGCCAGCAUCAUCGCCGAAACCAUGACCAAAGCCAAAGAGGACGUCGAGAGCCAGAAUAAGGCCUCGGGCCCAGAACCUCAGGCCUUGGACGAGUUCACCAGCCUGCUGGUCGCCGACGACACCCGGGUGCUGGUGGACCUGCUCAAGCUGUCCGUGUGCGGCCGGGCCGGCGACCGGGGCCGCGAGGUGCUUUCGGCCGUGCUGUCGGGCAUGGGCACCGCCUACCCCCAGGUGGCGGACAUGCUGCUGGAGCUCUGCGUCACCGAGCUGGAGGACGUGGCCUCCGACUCGCAGAGCGGCCGCCUGUCCUCGCAGCCCGUGGUGGUGGAGAGCAGCCACCCCUACACGGACGACACUUCCUCCAGCGGCACCGUGAAGAUCCCAGGUGCGGAAGGCCUCCGGGUGGAGUUUGACCGGCAGUGCUCCACGGAGAGGCGCCACGACCCGCUCACCGUCAUGGACGGCGUCAACAGGAUCGUCUCCGUGCGCUCAGGCCGGGAGUGGUCCGACUGGUCCAGUGAGCUGCGCAUCCCUGGGGAUGAGCUGAAGUGGAAGUUCAUCAGCGACGGGUCCGUGAACGGGUGGGGCUGGCGCUUCACCGUCUACCCCAUCAUGCCGGCCGCAGGCCCUAAAGACCUCCUCUCCGACCGCUGUGUCCUCUCCUGCCCGUCCAUGGACCUGGUGACGUGCCUGCUCGACUUCCGGCUCAACCUCGCCUCGAACAGAAGCAUCGUCCCACGCCUGGCCGCGUCGCUGGCCGCGUGCGCACAGCUCAGUGCCUUAGCUGCCAGUCACAGAAUGUGGGCCCUUCAGAGGCUGAGGAAGCUGCUGACGACGGAGUUUGGACAGUCGGUCAACAUCCGCCGGCUGCUGGGGGACAGCGACGGGGAGGCGCGCGCCCUGAGCUUCACGGGCAGCGCUCUGGCUGCGCUGGUGAAAGGCCUCCCGGAGACCCUGGAGAGGCAGUUCGAGUACGAGGACCCCGUCGUGCGGGGCGGCAAGCAGCUGCUGCACAGCCCCUUCUUUAAGGUGCUGGUGGCUCUUGCUUGUGACUUGGAGCUGGACACACUGCCCUGCUGCGCCGAGACGCACAAGUGGGCCUGGUUCCGCAGGUACUGCAUGGCCUCCCGCGUGGCCGUGGCCCUGGACAGGAGGACGCCGCUGCCCCGGCUGUUUCUCGACGAGGUGGCGAAGAAGAUCCGCGAGCUCAUGGCGGACGGCGAGGCCAUGGACGUCCUGCACGAGAGCCACGACGUCUUCCGGAGGGAGCACGACGAGCAGCUGGUGCAGUGGAUGAACAGGCGCCCGGACGACUGGACUCUGUCUGCCGGUGGCAGCGGCACGAUCUACGGGUGGGGACAUAACCACAGGGGCCAGCUCGGGGGCAUCGAGGGGGCCAAGGUGAAGGUGCCCACUCCCUGCGAAGCCCUGGCCACCCUCAGGCCCGUGCAGUUAAUUGGCGGAGAGCAGACUCUGUUCGCGGUCACGGCCGACGGGAAGCUGUACGCCACCGGGUACGGGGCCGGCGGCCGGCUCGGCGUCGGGGGCACGGAGUCGGUGUCCACCCCGACGCUGCUCGAGUCCAUCCAGCACGUGUUCAUCAGGAAGGUGGCCGUGAACUCGGGCGGCAAGCACUGCCUCGCCCUCUCCUCCGAAGGAGAGGUGUACUCCUGGGGCGAGGCCGAGGACGGCAAGCUGGGCCACGGCAACCGCAGUCCCUGUGACCGCCCUCGGGUCGUCGAGUCUCUGAGAGGCACCGAGGUGGUGGACAUCGCUGCCGGCGGAGCCCACAGCGCCUGCGUCACCUCCGCCGGCGACCUCUACACGUGGGGCAAGGGCCGGUACGGCCGCCUGGGCCACAGCGACAGCGAGGACCAGCUCAAGCCCAAGCUGGUGAGGCGGCGUCCAGGGCGCGGGCCGCUCUGCUGGGGUCGAGG